UUGGCACGUAAUACAGAGUUCAAAAUGCUCGGUUGUGAUUACAAUUUUAUAUUUUGUCACCUUAUUUUUCUAUGGGCUUCCGUUGGGAGCAUUUACAGUAUGUGUUUACAGAAUAAUGGUUCCUGCUGUGCAAAUUAUUACAGAGAUGUUGAAUCGAGGUUAUGUAAACCAUGCAACGGGUCAUUUGGAGUUAACUGCUCUUUCUCUUGUCCAAAAGAAUAUUUUGGGCAUGGUUGUCAGGAAAAGUGUUAUUGUAUCAACACUGAGACAUGUGAUUCAAAAAUCGGAUGCGUAGCCAGAAAUUAUAGUAUGGAACCAGAUCAGAAAAACAUCUCGGACAAUUCAACAAUAAACAUGAUAGUUUAUGUGAUUUUAAUUGUUGGUUGUUUCCUUACCAUAACAAUCCUAGGAACAGUAAUGUAUUUCCAAUUCAUUAAGCGGGACAUAAGACGAUAGAAAUCGAAUACUACACUUCCACGUAUCUUGUUUUAUCUAAGAAGAUAACGAUCAUUAAUGACAAAGGAGUUGUCAACAUACAUGAGACACUAAAUAGCUCUUAUUCAAUACUACUAUUGUUGCAAAGGGAAUCUGUUGCUGAAAAAUAUGUCUUUUUAAAUCAAGAACAGAUCUAUAACAUAAUCAUUUGAAAUAAAUUCUAUAUUACUCUC